GGUUUGGAGUUGAUUGGUGGAGUUUAUGAGAUGGAACGCCCGGCUGCGAAUUCCUCCGCCGCUGAUCCUUCGGUGGUGAAGGAGCACAUGUUCGAGAAGGUGGUGACGCCGAGCGACGUGGGGAAGCUCAACCGGCUGGUCAUCCCCAAGCAGUACGCGGAGAAGUACCUCCCUCUGGAUGCGGAAGAGAGCGAGCCAGGCGGCGCGGCACCGUCAUCGGAGACCAAGAAGAUGGGGCUGCUGCUCAGCUUCGAGGACCGCAGCGGCAAGUCCUGGCGCUUCCGCUACUCCUACUGGAACAGCAGCCAGAGCUACGUGAUCACCAAGGGGUGGAGUCGCUUCGUCAAGGAAAAGGGCCUCGGAGCCGGGGACACCGUCUCCUUCUCGCGCGGCGCCGGCAGCGCGGCCUCGCGCCGGCGACUCUUCAUCGACCUGAAGCGCCGCCCGCCCCAGCCUGCCGCCUGCCACCACCCUCGCGGCUUUACCAACGGCAUUCCGCUCCCUCUCCAACUCCCGGGAGGAUCCACGCCCUCUCCUUUCACCGCCUGCGGCGCCCACGACUGGCUUGCGCGUACUUCCUUCUACAACAUCAACUGGUUAGCACCGGCCGCCGUCUUGCCGCCCAAGCCGGAGCUGCAUCCGGCACCCGGCGGCGCAACAAUGUCGUCGCCUGCUCUCGGUCCGCGUUCGAAACGGCUGAGGUUGUUCGGGGUCAACCUCGAUCUCCCCGACUCCCUACCGCAGUAGCUAGCUAGCUACCGAUCGAAUCUAAUUAUCAGGGGAAGUACUAAUCAAGAAUGAUAUAUGCACGCCUAGUUAUAUGAUUUUCUCUUCUGUUCAAUUUCAUGAGAACUUGAAUAACAAGCACAAGCACUAAUGUAUGAUAUCCACUGAACAUGUUACAAUUACAUCACCCCCUUUAAUUUUAUCGAUCAAUAUAAGGUUUUCGUAUAAGUAAGAUUUGAUCGACUCCUUUCAUGUUAAUGCAUAUAUACACAGAUGCUAUUUAAUCACAUGCACUGAAGUUCGAGUGGUGAAUCAAAGAUAUCAUAACACAGACUUCAUAAUUUAAUUUCUGCUAGCUGCUCAUAUACAUACAUUGAUUGGUUUUAAAUAUAUAUAAUUAAUGCAGUACCCAUAGUCCUUUAUAAAUUAUUAAAACAACAUGCGGCUUCGCUCGUUGUAGCAAAUAAUGAAAGCAAGUAGAAAUAUUGAUGGGUUAACUUUCACUACUAUGUUUUGGUAACAGAUGCACUUCAGAUAGAUACUUCACAUCAAACAUAACCUAACAGUACAUAACAUGUGCAGAUCAGAUUUUCACUGAGAUUUGGAGGAUCUACUUCUUUGGCAUAGUAUCUAAAGCAAGUAUUAUUGUUUGGUCACUUUCACAUCUGAAAUUUACUAGUUCAGUUUAUUAUUGUACUACAAAGAAGUAGAGUAACCCAACGGCUCUACGUACUGCAUAUGCCAACGCAGAGUACUCUCCAGGACAGCGUUUGCCCGGCUUGUUCAAGCGACUACUGGUUCUAUCCUCCCUUCAGGUGAGUUAGUUUGAAGUAGCAAAUAAGAAUAUUUUGCUUGUGAAAUUUUGUGACUCCUGAGUUAAUACUAGUUUGAAGAAAGAACAAGAGAAAGAAAUUAGAUGAGAAAUAGAUAUUUAUACUCUGCUAAAUUAAAUUUUGAUCGGCAAACUCAAAUGACGAAUUACUCAUCGUGAUAUAUUUUUUAAAGUUUUCAUCAGUAAGCCUUGUUUUAAUUUCUUAGUGAGAGCUUCUAGAUAUAUAGUGAGAAGAUUUCAUUCAGUUGUGACAAUAUAUUAUAAUGGUUGAAACUCAAGUGACAUAAUGUUUUGUUUCGAUUUGAUUCUAAUUUGUUGUUUUCUUUUUGAUGUUGUUGUUGCUUAAAUUUUGAGACUAUCAUCAACAAU